CGGACGAGAGUCGCGCAGUUCGCUCGCGCCGCGUUGUGACUCCGUCACACGUUAGAUAGAUAGUCAAUUUGAAACUACCACCAUGCUGAUAGGACUUGUUCGAGAUUCGGUUAUGCAGUGCUUUUGCCACUCAUGCCGAGCACCAGUAUUACCUGCAGCGCACCGGCGGUCAGCGCCCGCCAAGAAACCCGUCGGGAAACCACGGACUAAACAACCAAAGAAAGUCAAAUUCAUCACCACUGAAAUCCGCUGCCAAGAAAUGUCAAAGGGAGGGCUAGCGUACGAAGUGAUCCUGGCGGAGCCAGUGGGCGUGCCUGUUCCACGUCGCGCCGAUUCACCCGAGAAGACUCCCUCUGUUGAAGAAAUUCAAGAAAAGCUCAAAGCCGCUGAGGAAAGGAGACGUAGUUUGGAAGCCAGCAAGAUGGCCGCGAUUGCUCAGAAGAUGGCCAAAAUUGAGGAGGCCUCACGCAUCCGUAGCGAACAGACGAAUAACUUCAUCGUAGCCACAAAGGAAGCGCUGGACGCUAAAAUGGACUCCCAUGAAGAGAAACGCGAGGCGUACAUUAAUGAAUUGCGCGCUCGUCUUAAGGAUCAUCUCGAAGGCGUUGAGAAGACUAGGUUGACGUUGGAACAGCAAACUGCCGAAGUAUACAAGGCGAUUGAAGACAAGAUGAACACAGCGGCCGACAAGCGCGACGAAAACAUUAAGAAAAUGCUUGAACGCCUCCGUGAACACGAGGAGCAGGUGCGCAAAGUGCGCGCCGGCAACCAGGAGCGCUUCCAGCAGCUGGAGAGCGCCAUCCAGGACAAGCUGCAGCAGGCCGCCGGCCGCCGCCUGCAGCUCGAGGCCGAGCAGCGCGAGAAGCUGCGCAGCUACAACAAUAAGCUCGCUGAGGUGCGGUCAGUGAUCACUAACAAAAUGGAGGAGAUCACGAAGGACAUCGAGGUCAAGCUGUCCACCGCCGAGCAGAACCGGGAGAAAGAGAUCCAGAAGAAACUCGACUUCGUCAAGAAAGAGGAGCGACGCGCCGAGCUGGUGCGACAGAACAAGAGCGCGCGUGCUGAAAGUGAGGCUCCCAUCUCCGGCUAG